AAUUAAUAAAUAAUAAUGUUAAAUGGAUACAAUGAAUUUGAAAUUUUCAACAAAAGUGCUAAAAACCGAACAAAAACAAAUGUUUUUUACCAAAUUUAAACACAACGUAUUAAAUAAUCGUUAAAAUUUUUCAUAGAAUUGUUAUUUAAUACAAAUAAAUAAAAAAAUAAAUAAUAAUUGUCAAAGUGGAAUAAUAAUUAAACAAAAGUAAAUAAUUUAAACAAAUAUUGGCAAUGUUUUAUAGACACAAAGUGUUGCUAAUAUUGCUGCUGCACAUAUUGCUGUUGCUGUUCGGUGAUUUCAACACAUGGAUACAAAUCAAAUUAACAGUUAAUGCCAAUUCAAUAAAUCAAAGACCGUUUUUACAAAUUGAAAGUCCCUCCAUAACAAGACUGAUAAUAACGCAUCCACACAAGCCCCAUUACCUACAGUGUAGGGCAACCAUUGUUGAGUCCUACUAUCAAAAUGAAACCACUUAUUUUUUCACAUGGCUUUUCAACAACGAUAUCUUAAAGUUUAAGAAAGGAGAAAACUUUUUCCUUUAUCGCAAUGGGACGCUACGCAUUUCAGCCGACGAGAAAGUCAGUGGCCAGUAUCGUUGUAAAAUCAAUGCAAAUAAAACUGCCGUCAUAUCGGAAACUAUAACAGUGGACUAUCCCGUGCUCAAACGUCGUCCUGGCAAUAUUAAUUUAACAGCCUGGUGUGGUUUCUCAUUUACAUUGAAUUGUCCUAUUUUUAGUAUUCCACCUGCCAAUGUAACUUGGUUUUAUGGAAAUGUAUCGUUAUCGAAAAAUUUCAAUGACAACAGUUUUUUAUUAUUAAAUAAUGGCAGUUUGGUUUUGAGACAAGUUAAAAUGGAAAAUGCUGGCAAAUAUAAAUGUAUAGCCCACAACCAAUACGCAGUCAAGGUACAUCGCCAGUUUUUGUUGAAUCUAAAUGUGGUGGAAAGCAAUGAUGAUGAAAGACCUCCUAAUGGACAACUAAUACCUCAUUUACAAAAUACCACACUAUAUGUUCCCCUAAAUGGAGAUUUAAAUUUAACUUGUUGCACUUUAACGAAUGAUGUACCCAUUGAAUGGUGGUUACAACAGUCCAACACUGAAUCAUGGGUUAAGUUAUCGAAUAACAGCAAAGAGUAUCAUAUACGCAGCGGUAUUGAAGAAUAUGAAGGCUACUAUAAAUGUGCCACAAUCAACAGUAAUCAGACAUUCCAUGUUAUUGUUACCAGACCUCCCAUAGUUUCCGAAGAAUUGCCCAUGCAUGAAGGCAUUGUGGCCUCCUCCAUUAAAUAUCGAUGUUUGGUGACGGGAAAUCCUCGGCCCACUAUAACUUGGUAUCAUAAUGGUAUUGUAUUUAAUAGUACCAUAACACGUUACAUAAAUGGCAAUGAGUUGCACAUAGAAUCGUAUGAUCCCGAAGAGAGUGGCAUCUAUCAAUGCUUUGCGAGUAAUAUAGCCGGGGAGGUGUAUACAGCCGGUGAAAUACGUCCCAUAAAUCGGGGUGAUGUUAAACCAAAUCCUUUAAAGAAUAUACGCUGUUUUGCUCACACGUUUAGUUCGGUGAAUGUUACGUUUGACAAUGAAAGUUCAGUGUCUCUAUUUAUAGUGCACAUUAUACAACAAAAUCCAUUCCGCUGGACCACACCGUACUCACCCAUGAAACUAAACACUUCAUAUAUUAUUAUUGACAAUGAUUUGCCCAACAUACGACCUUUUGAGCUGAUUACACGUGGGUUAAUGCCCACCUCCGAAAUUGUCAAGGGUAACAAUCCCACACAGCAACGUAUGUCAAGCACACUAAGAAGUCUACCGGUUACAUGUUGUACUCAGGGAUUACCUUUGCGCGUGGUACAAUUGGGCAACAACACUUUUGUCACCUGGUCUCUGAUUCCGAUGAACACCAAGAAAUAUUUCAUUAUACAAUUUUCCAUUAACAAUAGCAGUCCAGAUCCCCAGCGUUCAGUGUCACAACCCCUUGUGGGUACGGUACAGAUUGUUAAUUUAAAAGCUCAAGAUAUUUAUCAAAAGUUACGAAACAUUGAAGCUAUAAAUGCCACCGAAUCAAGAAGAGUUCUUAAGAAUGCCAUUUCUAGUUAUAGUGACAAUGAUGCCUCGAUUUUGAAUAAUGCUGAUGGGGAGGAAAAUAUCUAUAAUUUGGUUUUACCUGCCAACGUCACUGGUUUGAUGAUGAAUCAUUUUAGUCGUUUGAAAUUGCGAGUUUUACUCAUCACCUCUGAUAAUGAGAAUCUGGCGCAGGAUUUUCGUUAUGUAGAAUGGAAAUCGAUUUCCAAUGACACUGGUGAUGUUAUAGCCAUACCUUACCAUUUAACCACCAUAGAAUCGCGCAUGUUAAUCUUUCACUUCCAAGAUGGUUUCAAUGAGACCUGUGUUAAAGUAUGCUAUCGUCAAAUACAUUAUCCGCACAUUAAAAGCGAGGAAAAGCGAAAGUGUGAACACCAUUCCAUAGUCCAUACAGAAUUGGAAAUUACAAAUUUACAUCCCAAUACCCACUACAGUUUUCACUUCUCUAGUUGUUAUACCACCAUAUUUUAUGGACAAAUGACUGUGGUUACUCUGCAAGAUCCUCCCGGUACCAUUAGUAUUCCCAGAGUGACUAGACAAAAUGGUUUAAAGCUUAACUGGAAACCACCCCUGCAGCCGAAUGGUAAAAUUCAUCACUACAACAUAUUGUGGACCUUGGGUAAUGUAACACACGAGGCUAAUGUUUUAGAUUGUAAAAUUUGUUACUAUAAGUUUCCCAACAUAUCCGAAUCGGCUAAAAUAAAUAUUUCGGUUAGAGUGGUGGGUGAAACUGGUGUUGGAGCUCCUAUUUCCAUAGAUUUGCGCAAUAUUAAUUAUCUGACAUUGGAAAUUGAAAAUUCUGGCUCUACUUCCCAGGUCUACAGUGGCAUUGCUAUUGGUUCUUUGCUGUCCAUAGUGUGUAUCUUUGGUUUUGCCAUGUUAAUAAUGUUCCAAAGAAAACGUUUCAAAUCUCGCCAACAAGGACCCACACACUUAUCAACCCCCACCGACAUACACUUUGGUAAUCUCAGCAAUACUGGUUUACCGGGUGGCAGUGCUGGUGGCCUAAGUUCCACCACCAUGCCACCAGACUGUCAUGAAAUGCAAAACCUUAUACCUAAAGUAGCGGGCAGAAGAAUUGAUCUUAUGCCCAGUGAUCGUUCCAAAUACGAAACUACCCAACUGCCCAAUGGCAACGGAGAUGUAAUGCUUAGAACGUUGGAUAAUCUGGAAAAUACUAAUAAUUCAUCGAUUUUAAGUGAAUACGAUAUGGGCAGUGAACAUAAUCUGUCGUCGGUGCCGUUGUGCAGGACUAGUCCUCACAAAAAAGCCUCCAAAGUGGCUACCGUCUCGGAGAGUAGUGGUCAACCGACGACGAAACCCUUUUUUAUACCCUUCAAAACAAUACAUCCCCAAAGUGUGGCCAUAGCACAGAAACAAAGUUCCUCAACAUUUGCGGCCAGUGUGCAAACACCGCCAAAUUCCAUAGCUUUGACUUUAGCACCAGUUGAAAAUAUGAAUAGCAGUUUUAGCUCAUGUCGCAGCAAUAGUUUAAGUAGCAGUAGUAAUAGUAAUGGCAGUUGUAGUACUGCCAAUUCCAUAAAAUCUAAACAGUUCCAUGGUAAUUUUCCUAAACAUUCCACAUCGAUUGAUGGUAUUUGUCUGUUGGCCGAAGAGCAGACGGCCUCAACACCAACGCCCACUUCGGAAACGGAUGUGGCGGCAGAGGUGCUCAAAAAUGGUUUCAAACACAAUGGAGAGCAUUACUACACAAAUCAUUCCUCCACAAAUCCAUCAACUUCGAAAACUUCACCUUCAUCGCGAACCUCAAUAUUCAAAUCGAAAAUCCACAAUAACAACAAUAAAAAAGAUAAAUCUAAGAAAUCCACGAAUUUACAAAAUUCUUUUAAAAAAGAAAAACAUCAACAACCGCAGUCCUCAAAAUUAAAAACUACAACAACAACGAAUCAUCAACACCAUAGUGAUUUAUCGUAUAUAGUUCCUGUCACUGAUCCUCCAACGGCCUCAGCAUCAUCAGUGUCUACAAAUUCAAAAUCGCUUCGCAGUUGGUCCCAACCAAAGGCCACCUAUGCGACAACCUCAUGCGGUUUGGAAACGAAACAUAAAUAUCCAAAUAUGGAUCCAAAUGGUUGAAAUUCUUUGGGUAUGUUUCAUAAUUUUUUUAACGUGCACAUUUCUCAAAUUAUUUUCUGAUCCAAUAACAGCUAAAAU